AUGAGACUUUUGUUCCUGAACUGGAAUAAGAUUGCUCACGUAGACGAUGGAUCUUUUAUCAGGUUGGCGGCGUUGUCAACACUUGGCAUGAGAGCUAAUGAACUCACCAGCCUGACAGGAAACCUUUUCCAGGGACUGUCCAACCUCACAACUCUUGACAUUGGGCAAAACAAAAUCCAGUUCAUCGAUGCCUCAGCCUUUCAGUUCCUGACCAGCUUACAGACUGUGAUGCUGGAUUUGAACCAGAUCCAACAAGUUUCCGACAUUCAGCCCAUCUUACAGCUACCACAUCUACAAAAUCUGAGCAUUGGACAAAAUCGAUUUCAUUCUUUCCAGACCAAAGAUCUGCUGCUGAACAUAUCCUCAAGCCUGAAGGUGUUGAAUGUAGCUUUUAGUGAGUUGGAAAUAUUCAGCAUCACCACACCGAUCUUUCCUCACCUUGAGCUGAUUGACAUUUCUCGUUGUGGCAGAAGUGCCAGUUUGAAAUGGGACAUCCCUGACAAGACUUUACUGAAGAACAUAACUCAACUGUAUUUUAGCGUUACUUCACUGCCUUUUAAAGACAUGCAAAAAGUCCUGCAGAGUCUUGACUCGCUGAUGCAUCUCACUCUAAAUGAUAUUGAAAAGUGGAUCAAAAAAGGCCUCUUAGAUACAGUCUGCAGCAUCCCAACGCUUAAGAAGCUGGAUCUGUCUUACAACUCUUUCCCCAAAAUCAGUGCAAAGCUUGUAAAUUGCUCUCAGCUCACUGAACUUGACUUGUGCAGCACUUUGAUGACUGAAGUGUUUCCAGGCUCCAUACAAUCGAUGAAGCGACUGAGGUACCUCAACUUACAAAAAAACAUGCUCUCCAAAGUGCCAGAUGACAUCAGGGGUCUCUCCUCCCUCGAGAUCCUGGAUCUGAGCAGUAAUUAUCUCAUUGAGUUGGGCUGUGGUGAUUUCCUAAACACAACACGCCUCACUGAACUUAAUCUGAGCAACAACCGCAUUGCCAAACUGGACUCGUGUGCCUUUGAAAAUCUGGAAGAUCUGAAAGUUUUAGAUUUAAGUAACAACCUGCUGUCGACAUUCGGAGGCGCCUUCAAAACUGGCCUGCAGAAGCUUCAAUUCCUCCAUUUGAGCAAUAACUUUGUGUCUGUUUUGGAAAAAGGGGAUUUUGAAGCUUUGGGAUCUGUAAAGUAUUUGGAUGUGGUGUCAAAUGAUAUCAAAAGGGUGACACAGGAAGCUUUUGAUGGAAUGAACAACCUGGAAACUCUUAAUGUGAAGCUUCCACUCCAAUUUGAAAUAGACUUCAGUGGACUGCAUCAGCUGAAAAGUCUCACAGUACAUUUUAAUAGUGAUGGCAGUUUCCAAAGUACUCCUCCAAACCCUGAAAAAGUUUUCUUUAAUUUAAAAUAUUUGAAAACUUUUAACGUAAUAUGCAAAGGCAAUCAUUUGGGCUUUCCCUUAGAUGUACCAACAUACUUCUUCAUGGCUAUGAACAAUUUAGAGGAGUUCACGGCUGUGAAAGUGUUUGUUUCUGCGCCGGAUCCAACAACAUUUGUGCCCAACCUUAAGAUCAAGAAUGUGACGAUCCAGCAGACUGGUUUGACAGAAUUUGAUCCUUAUCUGUUUCAGCCGAUCCCAAACCUGCAGUCCCUCGAUCUGUCCAGAAACAAACUCAGAUCUUUGGAUUUUCUGGCUCAGGCCAAUCUGUCGGUUCUCAGCUGGUUGAAACUCAGUGAGAACGAGUUGACGGUGAUCAAUGAGACGGUCUUCCGGUCUCUGCCUGCACUAACAUAUCUGGACCUGCUUGGUAACCCUUUCACCUGUGACUGCUCUAAUGCCGGCUUCAUCCAAUGGGUGAUUAGCAACAACCAGACACAAGUUGUUAACGCCUAUCAGUACACUUGUUCCUUUCCUUUGGCUAAACAAGGAAGCAAGCUGCUGGACUUUGACAUCCAGUCCUGCUGGAUGGACGUUAACUUCCUCUGCUUCAUUUCCAGCACUUGUCUGGUUGUGCUAACUCUCCUCACAUCCUUCAUCUACCACUUUCUGAGGUGGCAGCUAACCUACGGCUUCUACCUCUUCCUGGCCUUCCUCUAUGACAGCAAGAAGAGGAAGAAGGAAGCUCCUCACUGCUACGACGCAUUCAUCUCCUACAACGUUCAUGACGAGGCCUGGGUUUACCAAGAGAUGCUUCCAGUGCUGGAAGGAGAGCAGGGCUGGAGACUCUGUCUGCACCACAGAGACUUCCAACCAGGUAAGCCCAUCAUAGAGAACAUCACGGACGCCAUCUACAGCUGCAGGAAGACCAUCUGUGUGAUCAGCCGUCACUACCUGCAGAGCGAGUGGUGCUCCAGAGAGAUCCAGAUGGCCAGCUUCCGUCUGUUUGAUGAGCAGAAGGACGUGUUGAUCCUGCUGUUUCUGGAGGACAUCCCCGCUCAUCAGCUGUCUCCGUACUACCGCAUGAGGAAGCUGGUGAAGAGACGCACCUACCUGAGCUGGACGCAGGCUGGUGGACACAAAGGAGUCUUCUGGCAGAACGUACGGAGAGCUCUGGAGACGAGGGACGAUUAUGGCAAAAAUGUCUAA